AUGAAGACGUGCCUUUUAUUUGUUCUAGUAAUAGCCGUGGCAGCAGCUGCAGUUCCACGGCCAUCUGAGCUAUUGAAAUAUUUCAUAGAUUCCGAACCGAAAUUGUCGCUGAAACCCAAGUUAAAUACGGCCGAUCGCAUUGCCGCCCAUGGCUACGCAGUGGAAUCCCAUGAUAUUGUUACCGAAGAUGGCUAUAUUAUUACCGCGUUUCGCAUGCCCUAUUCUCAUAAAUUGCAAAACCAGAAUGCCUACCGUCCCAUUGUGUUGCUAUUGCAUGGCCUUUUUUGUAGUUCCGAUUUUUGGAUAUUAAAUGGACCCAAUGAUGCGCUGUCUUUCAAUUUAGUGGAUGCUGGUUAUGAAGUUUGGCUCCUAAAUUCACGUGGCAAUACCUAUGGUCGUAAACACAUUUCCCGCUCUCCUCAACAUCCCUAUUUUUGGCGUUUUAGUUGGCAUGAAAUUGGUUAUUAUGAUGUUGCGGCGCAAAUCGAUUAUGCCUUGGCCACAAAUGGUCAAGGACAAAGAUCAGUGCAUUUUGUGGCUCAUUCUCAGGGCACAUCGGCAUUUUUUGUGCUCACAUCCACACGUCCAGAAUAUAAUGCCAAGAUUAAAUUGGCUCAUACAAUGGCACCCAUUGCCUAUGUCAGUAAUAUGUCGGAUAAAAUGUUGACGCGUAUGGCUCCGGUGCUUGGGCAUCAAAAUAUUGUUACUGCCUUGUUUAGUGAUCAGGAAUUUUUACCACACAAUGAUCUGUUUACUAAAUUGGGUUAUAAUGCCUGCCAGCCGAAUUCAAAGCUGCAUGGACUGUGUAGUGCUGUGGCGUAUAUGUUUGAGGGAUCGGAAUCGAAUGCCAACAGGACCGCCUUAACCAUCAUGGCUGAAACCCAUCCAGCGGGACUUUCAACAAAUCAAAUGUUACACACCAUGCAAGAACAACAAUCGGGGUGUUUCUGUCACUAUGAUUAUGGUAAAACUAAAAAUCUAAAGGAAUAUGGUCAAGAGACACCUCCAGAUUAUCCGGUCGAACAAAUUACUGCCAAUAUUCAUUUAUGGUAUUGUGAUACUGAUCCUGCUGUUGCCGUCGAAGAUGUAGAAUUACUGGCUGCUAUGCUGCCGAACAAAGUUAUGCAUCAUAUUACCGAUCCAACAUGGUCGCACAGUGACUACAUAACACACAUCGAUGUUAAGCAUUUAAUUAAUGAACCGAUUAUUGAGAUAAUAAAUAAAUUUGAAGAGAAAUUGUAG